AUGCCUACUAACACUUCCAAGUUAUCGAAUUCGAAUCGAAUCCUAGAGAUCUUUGAUCCGAUCCGAAUCCUAGAGAUCUUUGAUAUCUUUGAUCCGAAUCAGGAAUAUCAAUCUGAUAGCGACGAUAUGGUCAACGUUAGAGAAGUGACUGUAGAGCAUCGUCAAGAAAUAGUUCAACUUCGACAAAAACUUACUGGAGAGCAUCGUCAAGAAAUAGAUCAAGCUCGUCAAGAGACCAUCCAAGCUCGUCAAGAAAUAGAUCAAGCUCGUCAAGAGACCAUCCAAGCUCGUCAAGAACUCACUACAACUAACACAAAAGUUGCUACACUGGAGGAAAAACUCAUUCAUAAAGUUGCCCGCAAUAAGGAACUAAAGAAUCAACUACGUGAUUGCAAGGAGGAGAAAUAUGGACUUCAAGCCCAGGCCUCAGAUAUCCAAGUCCAAAAGCUCAAGAAACAUAUUCAAAGCAUGUACAUUGUAUUGGCAGGUCUUCCAUUGGUCCUCGGGCUAUUAGCAAUUGUUUUGUUGUGGAAAAAUUAA